GUCUAUACUGGCAACCCAAUAUUUAUGGUUAAAGAAAGAUCAGUGACAAAAUGGUGUGGAGUCCCUCUCUCUCCCUCUCUCUCACUCACACACACACACAUACACAAAUGUUUAGGAAAUACCCGUGCAUCGCCAAGCAUUUCAAGACUUGUUCUAUUUGCACUCUUUACAGUGAAAAACAUUCUUUAAUCCUGCGCAACAACAUCUCUAUCCCACAUUUCAAAUAACUGGAUUUAGUCCCAUCUCUGUUUAUGUCAUCCCAACGCUCUCAAAGUGCAGUCGAUGAAGUCUUCAACUGUCAGGGGGAGGAGAUUAAGAGCAGCGCGCAGCACCAACUGAUUUGACAGGAUAGAGCGGCUUGCCCCGCAGUGAGGUCAUCUUGUUUUGGUCAGGGGUCAUUCAUGAACCAGGACUGCAGCUUGUGAUACACGAGCAUGAGAACUCUGAAAGAGCCUUGAUGCUUGAGACGGUUGGAGAUGAAGUGAAGGAGAAGGCAGCUGCAACAGUAGACCAGGACCAUACAGUGGAGAGGGGCAUGAAUGACAGUUGGGUGAUGGGUAACUGCACCAAAUCAUCCAAGAGGGACAAUAGGAAGAAGGACAGAGAGCUGCGGCCUGAAGAACUUGAUGAGCUCCGAGAGGCUUUUCUGGAGUUUGACAAAAACAAGGAUGGCUACAUUAGUCAUAAAGAUCUGGGCGAAUGCAUGAGGACCAUGGGGUACAUGCCUACUGAGAUGGAGCUGAUCGAGCUGAGCCAGCAGAUAUGUGGAGGAAAGGUCGACUUUGAAGACUUUGUGGAGUUGAUGGGACCCAAAAUGCUGGCAGAGACUGCGGAUAUGAUCGGAGUGAAGGAGCUGCGGGACGCUUUUAAAGAGUUUGACUCCAACGGAGACGGUCAGAUCAGUUUGACGGAGCUACGUGAGGCCAUGAAGAAGCUGAUGGGAGAACAGGUGACCAACAGGGAGAUCAACGAGAUCCUCAGAGACGUCGACCUCAAUGGCGAUGGCUUGGUGGACUUUGAGGAGUUUGUGCGGAUGAUGUCUCGCUGAGCUGAUGGAGUCGCUCGGAUGAGUCGAGAAAUAGGAUCCAUUUAGAUUUGCACUGCUCACUUUCUAAUUCAUUGAUCUCUUGAGAGCAAGAUUUUAGAUGGAUUUUCACAAGAAAAAAUGAAAACUUAAUGCGAGCACUUGCAAGUGUCGGACAUAUCUUGAGUCUUUGUAACAGCAGAUUGUUAUUUUUUUUAUAGUGUUCAUCCUUUGAGUGUUAAUUUAUUAAAG